CUCGCAUGUGGUUCAGUACGGACGUUGUUCGCCCGACGAUAUAGACAUACGUGCCCGACCGUCGCCGCCGCACUGACCCGCCGCCGAUACCGCCGCCGCCGACGCCACUGAUCGCAAAAUAUAAGCAACCAGACAUGAAGAUGAGCAAAGUGGGCAACCAAACCAACUCGCAAGACCCUCAGGCGGUUAACUCUCGGGUUUUCGUGGGAAAUCUCAACACAUUUCAAUGUAGCAAAACCGACGUCGAAAGAAUGUUUCAAAGAUACGGUCGUCUAGUGGGUAUAUCGAUGCACAAAGGAUUUGCUUUCGUUCAGUUCACUAAUCCCUUUGACGCUCGCAGCGCCUGUGUCGGAGAAGAUGCCCGCACCGUUUUGGGACAAACAUUGGACGUAAACCUAGUGGCCGAACCGAAACCGCAUCAGACCGGUAGGAAAAGGCAAAACUUAUCAAAAACCGGAAACGACUGGGAAUAUUAUUACAACAGCUAUUACGCCGCUUCGUCGUCAACGAUAUCGCCGCCGACCGCUGUGGUGGGCAACAAUUGCAACGGCGGUGGAUCAAAGGCUUCCAAACGUCAAAAGGUCAGCCAUCAGUUCUCGGCGAAGGGUGGUCGUAACCAGAACGGAGGGUGUGGUGGCGGUCAACCGACGGCCGGACAAGGUCUACAGCAACAGCCGCAUCAUGCCAUCGUGCCGGACCAACUCAAACUCUACAGCAAUCCGGAUAUACUGAUAUGUGGCAACUGUCGGGAGAUGUUCACCGAACUGCAAGGUCUGUUGGAUCAUAAGAAGGAAUACUGCAAACUCAGGUUCACGUGCAAGUGUAACAACUCAGUCAAGCCCAAUUUCAACAACAAUAACAAAUGGCCCGGAAACUUGAACGAUGGCUGCUUAUCUCUGGUGUGCGUCCAGUGCAAAGAAUCGUUUGACAGCGCCUGGGAUCUCAUGGUGCACGCGCAAUCGGCUCACAUGAUGAACGUCUACCAGUUGACCACCAGGGACCAGGUAACGGCGUCGCCAGUGGGCACAGAAUCGGAAAACGGAUCAACGUGUUCCGUGGGUGCUCAAGUGAACAUUGACGAGGACGCAAACGGGUCGGCGGAUGAGUCUCUAUGUGGUGGACGUAACGAGUUGUACGAGCCGAUGGACAGCGAUCGCGAACCCAAUCUAACCUCUCCGGCGGCAAUGACCUUUAUCAGUGAAACGGAAAAGGAGUUGACCGAUACACCGCCGAUGACAUCUUCCUGUCAGACUUGUCUCAUCCAACAGCCUAACAUCCAAGCGCUCAUGGGCGUCCAUUGAACCACAAACAAAUAACUAUAUUAUAAUUUCGUCUCCAUAAUAUAUUCUAGUAUAUUAUUAUAUCAUAUAAUUAUCUAUAUAGAUUCGCUUUUCGAACUAACACCGCCGCCCGAACACUAGGCAACUUCCGCACCAUCGAUACGGCCAAUGCCCAAUACAGCAAUAUUAUUAUUAUUAUCAUUAUCAUUAUUAUUGUAAUUGUUGUUAUUGUUGUUAUUGUAAUAUAAUAUUAUAAUGUACCUAACCUACGACGCCUAUUGGAAAACAAUGACGCAAUACGUUUGUAUUAUAUUAAAUAAUUUAAACAAUCUGAAGCCCUUGACGAUUCCGUGCGAAAGUAUCUUUAUAUAGCAUUAUUAUUAUUAUUUAUUAUUAUAAUAUAGCAAUUGAUUUAUAUGUUAGUUGAAAACGACAUUCUUUCAGUCAUUUUAUUUGUCACCACUACAUUAAUAUUAAUUAUACGUUGAUUAUUGAAUAUCACCUAACCUGGGUACGGUGUACAUAACACUCAUCGUUUAAGACGUCUAUAAUAAUAUUUAUACCCAUUAAUGUAUCGUUUUGAUUUUAAUUUAACUAUAACCUAUUAAUGCACCAUAACAAUAUCGAAAAUUCUACACAUGCACAAUACAAUACAUGUUUCAGUAUGCUGCAGAGUAAUUUUUUUGACGAAACAAAUUAUAAUUAUUCGGGUAACUAGCUUCGGGUAUACUAUACACGGGGCAAUUCAUUAAAAGAUCUUACUCUUCAUAUUGCAUUUGGGAAAUGUUACAAUCUUAUGUUAUAACAUAAUAAACAAAUCAUAAUGAACAAAGUCGGUUAGGACCUAGGUUAGAUUAGUUUUUUUUAGCUAUACAUCAUAAGAUAUUUUGUGGAACAUAAUCACUCCCAAAUGCUUCCUGGGUCAUUUUAUAGACAAGUUUUAACGUUUUUUGAAAUAUUUUUUUUUUUAGACAAUUUUAAGUAUUUUCACUAUAAGAUUUUUGAAAACAAAAUAUAUUUUUACCAUUUUCAUCGUUAUUAUUUUUAAAGGUUUUCACGUUUUUAAAUUAAAGCGUACCUACAUCAACGUAAUAUUAUAUGCUUUGGAAUAUGGCAUUUAAAUGUAUGUUGUAAAAAAUAAGUAAAAAUUUAAAAAACAAUUUAACGAUAAAAAUUGAUAAAUAAUUAUUAAAAUAUUUCCAAAAAUCUUUAGCGUUGAGAAUGAGUAUUAACCUUUUAAAAGAAAUGCCGUGUAAAUGAUCUAAUCGUAUUGGAUUCGCAUUGAAACGAACAAGAUACCGUUUCAAUAAAUUAUAGUUGUAGUAUACCCGCACUCUGCACCAUACUGCGCCUAUAUAAUAUACCUACUUAUCAGUGUUAGGGAAAAACUCAUUGAUUAACAUAUUAUUAUGUUUCGAGUUCAUAAAUAUUACCUACACUUAAUAUUUUAAAUUGAUAAACUUCAAAGAAUAAUAUAUUCAUUGGAUUUCUCAAUAGUUAGUGAAAUUAAUCACACCACACGAGUAAAAAAUAAAAGUUCAAUCGCUUAAUCAAUGAUUAAUUUUGUUUAGUUAUAUUUUUAUUAGUUAUAAGAUAUAUUUUUUACCCAACACUGAUGAUACUUCUUAUGAUAACUAUAAUAAAAUUAUGUGUAUAAAAAAAAAUUUCUGUUGUUAACUCGACUAGCAUAUACUAAUUGUAUAGGUACGAUUUGUUUUCUUUAUAUAAUGUUAAGUAAUACAUAUCAUUACGUUUAAACGCAUAACGGUUAGACCAUUAUGUAUCCAAAUUUAUAUAUUAUUAUUACAUUUUUCGUCAUACAUAUUAUAUUAUAUUCAUGUGUAUACUACAAUCGUAUUAUACCCACUUAGCCUACAAACAAUUGUGUGGUCUAAUAUUAUUGUACUCUAGUCUAAUAAGUUUAAUAAAUUGUUUGGCAAUAUUUAA